UGGCCUCUCUGCCAGGGCCUUUGUGGGGCUUUGAUUCCUCUGUGGCUAUGCAACGGGCAGAACAGAGGGCUUAUUGAGAUGCACCUUUAGAACAGCCCACAGACGCCGACUCCAACUGAUCCCGAGGACUGAAUCAGUUUUCUUCGCACGCACCAAAGUGAUGCGUUGCUACUCUCUUCUGUAGCAAUAGUCAUAACAAUAGUUAGCAAUCUAUAGUGCUUUUAAAAAAAUACUAAAACAGGGAAAGAGGCAGCUGUCCGAGUUUCCCCCCCAACGCAUCAGUUAAUCAUUAACCCGCGAGCAAGUGGGCUCAAGUUCACCCACAGGGGUCUUUAUCGUCUGCUGUGGCACAGAAAGGCCUUGCCAGAAAGAUGGUCGGAAGUCCUUGGAGGUGGCCUCCCUUGGCCCUGGCUGUGCAACUGCUUUUCAACUUUGCUGUUGCAGGGCCUGAGAGUCUUGUGAGACCCACAUCCUGCACAGACUUCCAGUCAGCGAACCUCUUGCGGGGUACCACACUCAAGGUCCAGUUCCUUCUGUUCACUUCUGUCCAUCCCAGCUGCGGGCAGCUGCUGUCGAGUAUCGAGGACAUCCAGAACUCCAGCUUCAAUGCCAGCCUGGGAACAAAAAUAGUCAUCCACGGUUUUAGGGCGCUGGGCACAAAGCCCUCUUGGAUCAAUGGGCUGGUCGGAGCCUUGCUGCAAGCAGCCCCCGCCAAUGUCAUUGCUGUGGAUUGGGUCCACGGGUCCACAGCCUCCUAUAACACUGCCGUGGAGAACGUCACCAAGCUGGCGCUGGAAAUCUUCACCUUCCUCCAGAAGCUGCUGGCCUUGGGAGCUCCAGAGUCAUCCAUCCACCUUAUUGGGGUGAGCCUGGGUGCACACGUCGGAGGUCUGGUUGGCCACUUCUACAAAGGCCACCUUGGAAGGAUUACCGGUCUGGAUCCUGCCGGGCCCAAAUACACCAAAGCCAGCAUUGAAGAGCGGCUAGAUCCCGGAGAUGCUCUUUUCGUGGAAGCCGUUCACACAGAUGCAGACAAGUUUGGCAUCCGGAUCCCGGUGGGCCACAUAGAUUAUUAUGUCAACGGAGGCCAAGAUCAACCGGGCUGCCCCCGUUUCAUCCCAUCUGGCUAUAACUAUAUGAUCUGUGAUCACAUGAGGGCUGUGCAUUUCUACAUAAGUGCUUUGGAGGACUCUUGCCCCAUGACAGCUUUUCCCUGCUCCAGUUACAAGGAUUUCUUAGCUGGCCACUGCGUACGCUGCACUGGGUCUUUCUUGCAUUCCUGUCCCACAAUAGGACUGUUAGACAACGGAGGAAUCGACAUGAAAACACUGCCCAGAGAGGUAAAAGUUUACUUGGCCACAGCUGCAUCAGCUCCGUACUGUGUGUAUCACAGCCUGGUUAAAGUUCGCUUGCAGCAGAGGAGAACCUCGGAUACUACCAUUGAGGUCUAUUUCAUGAGCAGAAACUUUACCUUCAGUACCACCAUCACUGUACCCAAGCAGGAGACGCUGGGCAAAAAUCUGGUGACUCACUCCAUACCACUGUGCCAGGUGGAGAGCGUGAGCUUGCUCUACCACCCGAGGAGCUGGAGAAGGAGCAAGGACGAGGACCCGGUGGUCAGCCAGUUUUGUGCUGCUCCCCUUCCUGUCAAUCCAAGGGAGAAGAUCUUCUGCCUGACUCAGGCAAUGACUCUGACCAGAAGCAUAAGCCCUUCCUAUGACCUGGCCAUUGCGUGCACGCCUAGCACAGCUCCCCCAGCAGAUACAGAGGUACCAACAGCACCUCGGCAGUGAAGUAUGCUGGAAGUGGUCUGAGCCCACGUUCUCUGCCCUGAAAACACAGGCUUUGAAACGGUGCAGAUGUGUGUUCGAAUCACUCGUGCCCCCCUUAGAAUGCCUGUAUGUCUCCACCCAAAGCCACUGAAUUUUGCAAUAAAGAAGAUGACAAAACACAA